AUGGUCUCCCUUGCUGCAGCAAAUGCAGAAUUUUGCUUUGAUUUUUUCAAAGAGAUGAACACCAGUCAAGGAAAUAGCAAUGGCAACGUCUUCUUUUCUCCCCUGAGUAUCUUCAUUGCUCUAUCCCUGGUGCGAAUGGGUUCCAGAGGUGAUUGUGCAAAGCAAAUUGAUAAGGUGCUUCAUUUUCAGAAUGACCAAGGAUCUUCAAAUUCUCAGGGACUCCAGUCUCAGAUGAAAACACUUCUCUCAGAAAUAAAUACAUCUGGAAAUGAAUAUCAACUCAACAUAGCCAGUGGUCUGUUUGCAGAAAAGAUAUUUGAUUUUCAUGAGACAUUUUUAAGGUGUGCGGGAAGCUUAUACAAUGCCAAAAUAGAGCAUGUAGACUUUACAACUGAUAUAGAAGAAACUAGGAAUAAGAUUAACCAGUGGAUGAAGGAUCAAACAAAUGGUAAAAUCAAGAAUAUCUGUCCACCAGAUAGCAUUAGUUCUUCAGCAGUAAUGGUGCUGGUAAAUGCUUUAUACUUCAAAGGGAAGUGGGAUGGAGCAUUUACUAAAAGUCAAACUUUAACUUGCCGCUUCAAGUCCCCCAAGUGCCCUGGGAAAACAGUCAAUCUCAUGCAUCAAGAGCGCAAGUUUAACAUGUCUUUGAUUAGAGACCCGGAUAUGCAGGUCCUUGAGCUCAGAUAUGUUGGUGGGAUAAGCAUGUACAUACUACUACCUGAAAAUAGUCUAUCAGAGGUUGAAAAUAAAUUGACCUAUCAGAAUUUAAUGGACUGGACCAGCCCCAAAAGAAUGCAGUUGCAGUCUGUGGAAGUGUUUGUUCCUCGUAUCAGGAUUGAAGAAUCUUAUCAAAUCAAGAGAUAUUUACGAGCUUUGGGAAUGACAUAUGCCUUUGAUGAAUCAAAAGCAGAUCUUUCAGGAAUUGCCUCAGGAGGACGUUUAUAUUUAUCAAAAAUGAUGCACAAAUCCUUCGUAGAAAUUAAUGAAGAUGGCACUGAGGCAGCAUCUGCCACUGGAAAUGUCAUUGUAGAAAAGCAGCUCCCAAAUUCUACUUUAUUUAGGGCUGAUCACCCAUUCCUGUUUUUCAUCAAAAAGAAUGACAUCAUUUUGUUUGCUGGUAAAGUUUUAUGUCCUUGA